AUGGCCAACUUUGAAGCUUACCAGGAGUACCAGCGGAUUGAUGACUUUGAGGAGGACUCACCUCCUGGGGAGGAGGACCUAUUAGUGCAUGUGCCAGAGGGCCUGAGUGGUACUGUACUUGUUAUAUUAUAACGUCAUAUUUAUUUUCCUAUCAGGGCUAGACAUAAAGACUAUGUUAUGGUAUAAUAUGAUUUGGUGUGAUAUUGUGAUUCCUUGUAAUGACACAGUACUACUAUUUCCUAUAAACCCAGGCUCUAGAUUCACUUAAAGUUGUUGUUUUCUUCAAAUCAUACCUGAUUACUACUGUUAUUGCUGUUUUGUUGAACGAAGGUAAUGGUUUCUUUAAGUCUCAAUGUUACUUUUAUUCCCACCCCUAAUUUGCAGACUCAUGGCACCAUAUCAAGAAUCUGGACAACUUCUUCACAAGAAUAUCCUUUUAAGACGGGGCGGCAGGUAGCUUAGUGGGUAAGAGCGUUGUGCCAGUAACCGAAAGGUCGCUGGUUCUAAUCCCCGAGCCGACUAGGUGAAAAAUCUGUCGAUGUGCCCUUGAGCAAGGCACUUAACCCUAAUUGCUCCUGUAAGUCGCUCUGGAUAAGAGCGUCUGCUAAAUGACUAAAAUGUAAAUGUAAAUGUAAGACAUUUUUGCGAUUGUGAUAAACAUGUUUCUCUGGCAGUAUAUAUUGUAGCUUAUUGUUUUGGAAAUAAGCAUUACUUUCAGUAUGAUGUUUAAAAUUGCAGCUUUAUCAUGUCUGUUAUCAUUAUUGUCACCUAACGAGCUCAUUUAGAAAGGAGCAAUUUCAAACACCGUUUUGACAUUUUAAUCUAAUUCUGACAGUACGAUGUUGCCGUAUAUAAAUGCAACUCAUGAUGCACAGUGACUUUAAAUGAGAGACUUGCCUCUGGAGAACGACUUUCAAUUAUGUGUGUUCUUCCAGAACACAUCCUCUGUACUUUAAUGAUAUUGAUGCCUGGCUGGUUCACUUUACGUUGCUUUGUUGUGGUUUUGUUUCUCUCUAGUGGAUGUAUUAAGUCUACUUAAAAAACAUACAUCAUGGUUAUUAUUUGAUCCACCAUCAAAGAUUACUUCAAGAGUGGUUGCUUUGUAGGCUAUGACAAAAAACACUUGACUCUGUUUUCCUUAACUUGAAUUUCCACAUCUAUCAGUUUCAUCAGAAGAAUGGCUUUGCUUGUAUGAUGUUAUCAGAGUUCUUUGAACUUUUGUAAGUAUAUCCAUUUAUUGACAAACCUCAUGUUAAUCUAAGAUGUUUUCAACUUUGAAGACAACAUUCAAGGUUUAUAUCGGCUAAGGUUUAACCCCAACAUCUCAAACUCCUUAUUGCAGUCAGUUCCUGUUUGUGGUCACAUUCACAACGUUCCUCUUCAACUGUGUGGAGUAUGAUAUCCUGUUUGCCAACCGGGCAGUGAACCACACAGGACCUGGCCAGAACCCCCUGGACAGGAACAAGGUCUCUCUGCCUGAUGCCAUCCUACCAAGCCAGCAGUGCACUGAGAGGUAGGUCAAUCAGCAUUGGCUUAGUAGAUGGAUUGGUAGAUGGAUGGAUGGAUAGCCUAUAUAGAUAUGGUUGGCUAUAAUAAUGUGUAGUUGUGGUAGAGAUAGUUGUCUUUGUUGCCAGUUCAGGUUUAUUGUUUUUGUGCAUGAUCCCACAGAAACUAACCUGAGUGCUUGACUGCAUAGGUAAAUUGGGUGGUUUCCUGAUGUACCCCUUGUUAUACCACUAGAAUGCCUCUCCCCCAUGUGACCUACUUGUUGUGUGUAUGUACUGACAUGUAUGUGUAAGUGAUAGAUGCACACACACACUACAUGUUAAUGUUUUUACAUGUAUGUAAAUUGUAAAGUAUUUAGUCUGUAAUGCCUUUUUUGUUAUAAUUCGGACCCCAGUAAGACUAGCUGUUGCUAAUGGGGAUCCUAAUAAAUCCCCAAAUCACUGCCAAUGCCAUAAUGUAAAUCCUUCUUCAUGACAUUUAAAUUGGGUAUUUUAUUCUCUUAUGACAAGACACAAUAAUACCAGGGUAUAAAUCUCACAGCCUGCAGAACUUCAUCAGGCCUGAAAAGGGUAUUUCAUUUGUCCAACAUAAUUUAAUGACGACCAGUCAUUCUGAGGCUAAUGUUUGCUUAUUGGAUUGUGUUAGAUGUGGUUUUACUAUAAGACAUGCUCACAUUCAUAGAGAUACACUGUGGAGCACAGAGCUACACUGUGGAGCACAGAGCUCUGGCCUACUUUCACAUUGCCUGUGGGUUAUACUUCCACUCAGAACAUUAUGAUGAAGAAAUCUUUUUCUUGUGUAUCAGAGAUGCUAAUUGCGAUAUGAGCUCUUUUGAGUGGCGAAGUCUUAUCAUUGUCAUUUCCUAUUAUCUAAUUGGAAUUUGACAUUAAUUAAAUUAAUUUGGAGUGCUAUUGGCACGUAAGUCUAAUUGUGUUCAAUGGCCCGAGGGAGGGAUGCUGUUUUAAUGAAAUUUGAUCCAAAUGUAUUUUAGUUCGCCUUUGUGUGCUGUGAACUAGGUGAACCCUUGUGUUGAAGAGCUUAGUUAGUUAGGCCUACUGAGCAAAGGCUUUGGUAGUCAUGACUUCUCUGUCAAAGACAAAUCUGAAAGAUAAAUUAUGUUCCCCGCAACUACAUUUGAAUAUUUUAUUAUAAAAUACUAAAUGAUGUGUAUUUGUUUGUUGCAGAAGAAUACAAACUAAAUUAUUCAGCUAAGCAUAUAUCCUACUAUGACUGAUUAAUACUCUGCACAUUCGCAUAGCCUUGGCCUAAAACACUUGUAAACAGGAGGGAAGUUGCAACACUCUCAGCCUGUAGUUGAUGACCGGUUCCUGGAGCAGGUUAUUUGUGUAUCAGUGCACUGUGUUCAGAGUAGUACCAGGGAAAACAAUGUAAUGGAUAGCCCCUGCAUGGUAAGUCUCACUCAGGGCCAGCUCACUGAGUAGCUGGAAGGAGUCACUCUUGGGGUCUGGGCAGGCAGUCUGUGGACCACAUGACACCCCCAAGCUCUGCUGCUAGACCCAGUCCCCUCCACCCCCGCCACAGUUCUUUCCAAGAUGGAUAAACAAGCUUGCCUGUUUUCUUCAGCAAUAUCAUUAAUCUGAUUCUGCACACAAACACAAUCCUAGGCUGGGGGGUUAUAGUUGCCCCCCCCCCCCCAUCCCUUCUCUAAGAACCCUCCAUGACUGAAUGGGUGUUUAGAUGGAAGAUGAUGACACACCACUGCUAGGAAUUCUAAUCGAGGAACAGUAUGUCCUACCAUUUAAAACCACAGACUUUGUCUGCUCUCCCAUCCUCCCCCCAACUCAAUGUUUCACCAUUGAGUUGGUCUGGAAAUGAAAAAGAUGUCACACAAAUCAGGAAGUAGCCUAAUUUUGUCACAACGUUGUUUGUUUUCGUUUUUUAAUUUCCAAAUUAAACUCCUGAAUGUAUGUUUAUGUUUAUUCUCCUCAAUAUGUUUACCAGGGUGGUUAGCUAGAAUAGAUCAUAACCUGUGUGUGACAUGUUCUGUGUUUUGAAAUGAAAUGGGAUACUUAAAAGUUUACCAGCUGAUUCUCAGCAGCUCUCUGAUACGCAGGAGAGACAAAGUUAGUCGGACAUAACCAAGCCACAAACUGUAAACAGGAGUUAAUUUAUCUAAGAUACCUCUCAGGCCCAACAACAUACAUUACAACAUAAGGUUGGUUCAGGUCACCUGUGAGGAGUCUUAAACCGACAGAUUUAUAAGGCUCCUUUACUCUAAUUUGUAGAUAGUUAUUUUGGUCAUACAUCAAUGGUGAAAAUAAAUAAUUUUGACCUUCUCUCUGUGCAUGGCCUGCAUCAUCAUCCAACGGGGUAUGGUAGUAGGUGCCAGGUGCACCUGUUUGAGUGUGUCAAGAACUGCAACGCUGCUGGGUUUUUCACGCUCAACAGUUUCCCGUGUGUAUCAAGAAUGGUCCACCACCCAAAGGACAUCCAGCCAACUUGACACAACUGUGAGAAGCAUUGGAGGGCAAAAGGGGGUGCAACUCAAUAUUAGGAAGGUGUUCCCUCAAUGUACACAUUCAUUUUCCAUUACGUGAAAUCAACCUCUAAUGUCAAACAGAGACUAGAAAUAUGAAUUAUCUCCCCCCUUUGUCAUCCCUUCUUUUCCCCAGGAUCCAGGAGAACAGUUGGAUCAUCUUCCUGCUCAUCAUGGCAGCCAUCUUCUGGGUCUACCGGAUGAUCAAGGUCUUCUGCAACAUCCUCAGCUACUGGGAAAUACGCCAGUUCUACAUCAAAGCACUGAAGAUCAGCAUGGUAAGGCUUCUUUUAUGUCCACUGGAGGUCAAAUUAUAUACAUCAAUCCCUUAUAAAGGUUUCAGUGACCAGGAAUAACACAAUAGGGGAUAAUUGCAUUUUACUUUUGAUCCUAGAGUCUCACGAAACAGUGGUAUGCCGAUUGUUUUCAGACCGUUUUAGCUUACUGUAGUUGUCAGCUUCCUUGGAAUCCAUUGGUUUCAAAAAGAUAUCAAGGCAAAUGUUCAUCGUCAUACCCACCCAGCUUACCUAUAAGUAGGUGUCCCUCAUAUCAGGGUACAAAGUCUGAACACCUUUGACCUCUCCCCUUUCUAGGACGAGCUGUGUAACUUCACAUGGCAGGAGGUCCAGGACCGUCUGAUCAGCCUGCAGCGGGAGCAGCAGAUGUGUAUCCACAAGAAGGAGCUAACUGAGCUGGACAUCUACCACCGCAUCCUGCGCUUCAAGAACUACAUGGUGGCCAUGGUCAAUAAGUCCCUGUUACCUGUACAGCUUCAGCUCCCCCUGCUGGGCAACCUUGUGUUCCUCACCCAGGGCCUCAAGUACAACUUUGAGCUGAUUCUCUUCUGGGGUCCGGGGUCGCUGUUCCAGAACAAAUGGAACCUGCACCCUAAGUACAAGCGUGCAGGGAACCGUCUGGAGCUGGCCCAGCAGCUGAGCCGGGUCAUUCUUCUACUGGGCGUGGCCAACCUGCUCCUCUGCCCCUUCAUCCUGGUGUGGCAGGUGCUAUACUCCUUCUUCAGCUACACCGAGGUCAUCAGGAGGGAGCCGGGGAGUCUGGGAGCCCGCCGCUGGUCCAUGUACGGCCGCCUCUACCUGCGCCACUUCAACGAGCUGGACCACGAGCUGCACGGCAGGCUGGGCCGCGGCUACAAGCCCAUCUCCAAGUACAUGAACUCGUUCACCUCGCCACUCCUCACCGUGCUGGCCAAGAACGUGGCGUUCUUCUCGGGCUCGGUACUGGCUGUGCUCAUCGCACUGACCGUGUAUGAUGAGGAUGUCUUGACUGUGCAGCACAUCCUGACCGCCAUCACCGUGCUGGGAGUGGUUAUCACCAUCACCAGGUAAGCCACGGGACAGGGGGAAUGGUGAUCUCUCGGGAUGAUCUUGUAGUGAUUUGUGGCUGUGUUUCAUUCGAAAAAUUGUUCCUUACCCCUUCCCAUUGCAGAUCUGAGUUGGUAUGCAACAGCUCCACCUAGAUUCCACCAUAUUCUAACAGACAGUAAUGAGCGAGGGAACAUUGUUUUUAGAAAAAAUGUCAACCUUUGUUAAACCCGCAGACAUACCAGUAUGUCCAUAAUCCAUAUCAUAUAUUGUCUUAAAUGUUGUGUGAAGUAGAGAGAUGACGUCUGUGAAUAUGCCCUCCUCCUAGGUCCUUCAUCCCAGACGAACACAUGGUGUGGUGCCCGGAGCAGCUGCUGCAGUGUGUGCUGGCUCACAUCCACUACAUGCCAGACCACUGGAGGGGCAACGCCAACAAGAGCGAGACCCGGGACGAGGUGGCACAGCUGUUCCAGUACAAAGCGGUGGGUGAGACGGGCCAGACAGUAAAUAGAGACUGCUCAUUGGCUGCAGCUUAGGAAGAAUGAAACUAUUCACAGGGUGUACAAAACAUUAGGAACACCUUCCUAAUAUUGAUCCUGGGGAAAAAAAGGGAUGACAAAGGGGGGAGAUAAUUCAUAUUUCUAGUCUCUGUUUGACAUUAGAGUUUGAUUUCACGUAAUGGAAAAUGCAUGUGUACAUUGAGGGAACACCUUCCUAAUAUUGAGUUACACCCCCUUUUGCCCUCAGAACAGCCGCAAUUCGUCGGGGCAUGGACUCUACAAGGUGUUGAAAGCGUUCCACAGUGAUGCUGGCCCAUGUUGACUCCAAUGCUUCCCACAGUUGUGUCAAGUUGGCUGGAUGUCCUUUGGGUGGUGGACCAUUCUUGAUUCACACGGGAAACUGUUGAGCGUGAAAAACCCAGCAGCGUUGCAGUUCUUGACACAAACAGGUGCACCUGGCACCUACUACCAUGCCCUGUUCAAAGGCACUUAAAUAUUUUGUCUUGCCCAUUCACCCUCUGAAUGGCACAAAUACACAAUCCAUGUCUCAGUUGUCUCAAGGCUUAAACAUCCUUCUUUUACCAGUCUCCUACCCUUCAUAUACACUGAUUGAAGUAGAUUUAACAAGUGACAUCAAUAAGGGAUCAUAGCUUUCACCUGGAUUCAGCUGGUCAGUGUAUAUGACUUUAUGACAUACGGUCUGAAAUUGAAAUGUUCUUGUAACACAAGACUUGCUCAAUGCCUAAACAAGUGCUUUAAUUGUAUGAAGUUAUUCAUGUACACUCCAAUUCUCAUAUGACCUCACCAUAAUACUGUAUGCCACUUUCCACACAGGAACUAAUUCAUCUUAUGCCACUUUAACCAUUCGUUUGGGGGACACAAUGGAAAGUAUUCAGACUUGAGAUCAAAGUGCUUAACUUUUCUCGUAACUCUCUCUUUGACAAUCAGUGAAUGACAUAGGCUAUGUGAAAGUUCAAGUUAAGGGUGCAGAUCUCAAGUCUGAAUACCGCCAAAUCCUCUUCCAGUAUAACUCACAACUAUUGUCUGUCUGUGUCUCUGUGUCUGUCUGUCUGUUUAGCUGUUUAUCCUGGAGGAGCUGCUGAGCCCCAUCGUCACGCCCUUCAUCCUCAUCUUCCUCCUGAGGAACAAGUCCCUGGAGAUCAUUGACUUCUUCAGGAACUUCACCGUGGAGGUGGUUGGGGUCGGAGACAUCUGCUCCUUCGCACAGAUGGACAUCCGUCGCCAUGGAAACCCUCUGGUGAGUUCCUGUAAUUUAGGGUAUGGGAAAGGGACUUUGAUACGGAAAGUAUUGUUAUUACUUUGUUGAAAUGAAAGACUCACUGCAGUUUUUAGGUCAGAGAUCACCAGGUCAUCAAUAUUGUAUCAGAAAUGAAUGUGUAUGUGUCCUCUCCUGAUAUUAGUCACUUAUGCAUAGUUUAUUUUAAUUUAUCUUUUACCCCCUUUUUCUCCCCAGUUUCGUGAUAUCCAAUUGCGAUCCAAUUACAAUCUUGUCUCAUCGCUGCAACUUCCCAACGUGCUCGGGAGAGGCGAAGGUCGAGUCAUGCGUCAUCCGAAACAUUACCCGCCAAGCCGCGCUUCUUAACACCCACUCGUUUAACCCGGAAGCCAGCUGCACCAAUGUGUCGGCAGAAACACCAUUCAACUGAUGACCGAAGUCAGCAUGCAGGCGCCCGGCCCGCCACAAGGUGUCGCUAGAGCGCAAUGAGCCAAGUAAAGACCCCCCGGCCAAACCCUCCCCUAACCCAGAUAACGCUGGGCCAGUUGUGCGCCGCCCUAUGGGACUCCCGGUCAUGGCCAGUUGUGACACAGCCUGGGAUCGAACCCCAGGAUGGACACAUAGUUAAAAAAUAAUAAUGCAUUGUUCCAGUGUGUAAUUGUCACACGUUGUCUGUUUCAGUGGAUGUCUGAGGGGCAGACGGAGGCGUCUGUGUACCAGCAAGCUGAGAAUGGCAAGACUGAGCUGUCCCUGAUGCACUUCACCAUCAAGAACCCCCGUUGGCAGCCCCCCCAGGAGAGCUCAGUGUUCAUCAGCCAUCUGAAGGAGAAGGUGCACCAGGAUGCCCAGGGGGGACCCCCCACCCAGCUGCUGCUCUCUGAGGCCCCGCUCUGUUCCUCACUGCUUUCCAACGGGUCUGGCAAUGGAGUGAGUAACUACAGUAACUGCCCACUACACCCACAUCCCCAGCCAGCCAAUUCAUAGUCAGUCACAGUUAGUACACAGGAAGAUAUUUGCCUCAACACUGUAACGGCAAUCCUACUCUGCUAAUCAUUCAACAAUGAUGUCAAUGUAUUGCAAUUUGUCUAAGGUUUGGUAUUGGAUUACAGUAUGUUGAGUUAAAUCUUGUCAAUAUGCUUGUAUACUGACCUCUGUAUCUCUGGGUUAUGUUUUCCUGUCCAGCCUGACAACCUAUUGGCCAGUGUCCUGGCCCACCCUGUGCUGACCGCGUCAGGCCUACCAGGCCGAGACCGCCGCUUCGUUCCUCCCAGCACGGCUGCCUCUGCCGCCGCCAGCGUCCUGGCCUCGCUGUCCAGCUCCCACUCUCAGCUCCCCCACGCCAGCCGCUCCCGCUCGCAUGUCCUUCUACCCUCCACCCACCCCGACAGCACCAUGUACUGCAGUGACCGCACAGUCAUCGACAGGUAAGUAGACAGACGCCACGCUCUGCAAACACACACUCUGCAAACACAACACUGUUGUCUAGGUUCAUCCAUAACACAAAAGUGUUGAUUGAUUAGAUACAGUACUUGUUUGUCGAAGGUGCGUUAUUGAUUUAAAUAUGAGGUUCGUUGUUAGUCUGUGAAUUAAGUGAUGAAUAACAAUGUACUUCAAUGUUUUUUUUAGGCUUGCUGAUAAUAGCUUGUUUUUAUUUCCUCAGCAUGUCAGCCAGUGAUUCUCGGAUGAAGAGCACUACAUUGCUUUCAGAGUUUGCCUCGGCUGAGAUGAGUCUCCAUGCUAUUUACAUGCAUGAGGUAGGUCACUUUGAAGAGAUGGCCUCAGGGUCCUUCUUUUCAUUUAACUUUGUACACACACGCAGACACACACAUAUACCGAGUGUGUGACGUGUGUCCCUCUCUGUCCCUAGGUCCACCAACAGAACUCGCUCCCCCACCAGAGAACAUCAGGCCAGUGGCAGAACCCAGUGCCAAUGAGAGAGCUAAGCAGCAACACUGGUACGUAACAGUCAUUAUUCUGUUUUUACUUACUUAAGAUCUUGGCUAAAGUCAGAUGGAGCGUGUUUGGUAGUUGGGAUAGUUUUAGCUUAUGACAUCCAGUUGACCAACUGUCUAUGCUCCUAUCCUCUAUCCACGCAAGCAGGUUCUCAGACGCACAGCGGACACACAGCAGUCAGCCUGUCUAAUAUGCCCACCCCGCUGCGUCUGGGAGGCUGGACGGAGGAAGAGGAGGAGGAGGAUGCAGAGGAAGAGGAAAUCAUUAACAGCAGGUCGACUCCUAAACAGGACUCCAAGAGUAGCUAUUGAAGUGCCUUAAAUAAAUGGGUUAGUUCCAUCACACCUCUAUUUCCAACACACAGACACUCCUCCUCCAUAAUCUAUAGGCUAAUAUUGUCAGAAAUGUAUCUUAUAUCUAGUACUACUGUUUUUGCUUUUCUUAAACGUGCAAUAUGUAGAAAUAGCUCCGCCAUUUCCUGUUUUCUAAAAUUCUAAAAUGUUCGUCUGAUUUCAGUUUGUGACAACAAGCAAGUGUAGAGAAUUGUUGUACCAUCUAAACCGCUGUGAAAUAGCUUUAUAACCAAUAAUAACCAAAAAUAUCGUAUUUUUCAGCUGUUUGAAGCUGAUGUACAAAAGAAGCAAAAAUUUAACUUGCGGAGAGGAAACAUAGAAAUAUUGCACAUAGAAUGGAUCUACUGCUUGUCAGACUUGCUUUCAAUAAGAAUGACAUAGACAUUUUAUAUACAGUGGGGAGAACAAGUAUUUGAUACACUGACGAUUUUGCAGGUUUUCCUACUUACAAAGCAUGUAGAGGUCUGUAAUUUUUAUCAUAGGUACAAUUCAACUGUGAGAGACGGAAUCUAAAAGAAAAAUCCAGAAAAUCACAUUGUAUGAUUUGCAUUUUAUUGCAUGACAUAAGUAUUUGAUCACCUACCAACCAGUAAGAAUUCCGGCUCUCACAGUCCUGUUAGUUUUUCUUUAAGAAGCCCUACUGUUCUCCACUCAUUACCUGUAUUAACUGCACCUGUUUGAACUCGUUACCUGUAUAAAAGACACCUGUCCACACACUCAAUCAAACAGACUCCAGCCUCUCCACAAUGGCCAAGAUCAGAGAGCUGUGUAAGGACAUCAGGGAUAAAAUUGUAGACCUGCACAAGGCUGGGAUGGGCUACAGGACAAUAGGCAAGCAGCUUGGUGAGAAGGCAACAACUGUUGGCGCAUUUAUUAGAAAAUGGAAGAAGUUCAAGAUGACGGUCAAUGACCCUCGGUCUGGGGCUCCAUGCAAGAUCUCACCUUAUGGGGCAUCAAUGAUCAUGAGGAAGGUGAGGGAUCAGCCCAGAACUACACGGCAGGACCUGGACAAUGACCUGAAGAGAGCUGGGAUCACAGUCUCAAAGAAAACCAUUAGUAACACACUACGCCGUCAUGGCUUAAAAUCCUGCAGCGCACGCAAGGUCCCCCUGCUCAAGCCAGCGCAUGUCCAGGCCCGUCUGAAGUUUGCCAAUGACCAUCUGGAUGAUCCAGAGGAGGAAUGGGAGAAGGUCAUGUGUUCUGAUGAGACAAAAAUAGAGCUUUUUGGUCUAAACUCCACUCGCCGUGUUUGGAGGAAGAAGAAGGAUGAGUACAACCCCAAGAACACCAUCCCAACCGUGAAGCAUGGAGGUGGAAACAUCAUUCUUUGGGGAUGCUUUUCUGCAAAGGGGACAGGACGACUGCACCGUAUUGAGAGAAGGAUGGAUGGGGCCAUGUAUCGCGAGAUCUUGGCCAUCAACCUCCUUCCCUCAGUAAGAGCAUUGAAGAUGUGUAAUGGCUGGGUCUUCCAGCAUGACAACGACCCGAAACACACAGCCAGGGCAACUAAGGAGUGGCUCCGUAAGAAGCAUCUCAAGGUCCUGGAGUGGCCUAGCCAGUCUCCAGACCUGAACCCAAUAGAAAAUCUUUGGAGGGAGUUGAAAGUCCGUAUUGCCCAGCGACAGCCCCGAAAUCUGAAGGAUCUGGAGAAGGUCUGUAUGGAGGAGUUGGCCAAAAUCCCUGCUGCAGUGUGUGCAAACCUGGUCAAGACCUACAGGAAACGUAUGAUCUCUGUAAUUGCAAACAAAGGUUUCUGUACCAAAUAUUAAGUUCUUCUUUGCUGAUGUAUCAAAUACUUAUGUCAUGCAAUAAAAUGCAAAUUAAUUACUUAAAAAUCAUACAAUGUGAUUUUAUGGAUUUUGGUUUUAGAUUCUGUCUCUCACAGUUGAAGUGUACCUAUGAUAAGAAUUACAGACCUCUACAUGCUUUGUAAGUAUGAAAACCUGAAAAAUCGGCAGUGUAUCAAAUACUUGUUCUCCCCACUGUGUGUGUGUAUAUAUAUAUAUAUAUAUAUCUGAAAUCAGUUGGGUCGUACAGAAUUACAUGAUGGACCUUUAAAAAAAGAAUCUGUGGCUGAUUGUCUUUUCUCUUCUUUUGCAGUGUUUACACUUUCUUGUCUGGAUGAACAUUGUGGCCUUAGAUGAUCUUUUUGGAGUAUAGGAUAGAUAGGACAUUUAUGACAUCACACAGCACAGGCAGUUGGGGAACUCAUUGGAUAACCACUGUCUCCAUCUCCGCCCCUCCUCCAUGCCUCUCCUCCUAUCACAUCAGGAGUUGUUGUGUCGUCAGGGAAACCAACUGUAUGUCUUCCGUCCCUCUCUCCAUGUCAUUGUUUUGUUAUAGAAUGUAUAUACAUCGCUCAUAGAGGACUGGAGUCUGUGUGUGUGCGUGUUUCGGGACUCGGGGAAAGAGUGGCAUGCACAGCCAGGACACUUGCAGGGCAUGCUUGAGCAUGGUAUGCAGCAAAACCUGUCACACUUUUGUUGCGUAUUCAUGUAUUUAAAAACAAAUAUAUAUAUAUAUAUAUAU